AUGGAGCACUGGAGCAGCGAGGUGCAGAAUCAUGUCCACAAUUUCUUCAACCAUCGUCAGGUGAACAUCUUGGUGACGUCCGUCCUGAUCUUCGUCGCCCUGUACUUCUCGAUCGUGACUUGCUUGGGGCAAUAUGUUUUCCAUCCGCUCGCCAACGUCACCAACCACACCUUCACCGUGGAUGCCGCCUCAGAAAUUGUGUCCUCUUCAAUAUCGCUAUUCUUCGUCGUGGCGCUUGGGCUUCUUGUCGGGCGACUCAAGGUCGAAUUCGCCGGUGUCAUCUCCCUGAUCACCACCUGCCUGACGGCAAUCCGCAUGUGGCGGCUGGAUAGCGAGAAAAAGACGUACAUCGAGGAGAAGACGUUCGCCACGCUCUGGAAUCUGCUCUUCCAGCCAAUUCUAUUCGUGUUGAUUGGCAUGAAGUUUGACAUUCCGAACACGACCGGUGAGGGAGUGGCACUAGGAUUGGCCUGCCUCGGGAUUGGUAUCGCCGCCAGGGCUGUGGGUGUCAUCCUGCUGACGAUGUGCUCUGGCCUGCGUUUCUCGGAGCAGCUCGUCUUCGUCGGCUCAUUCUUUCCCAAAGCAACAAUUCAGGCCGCCCUGGCCCCGUCAAUCCUCGUGGGUUCGAUGGCGUUCCCCGAACUGCUCAACUACGCUUCUGUUGUCCUCGUGGCCUGUAUCGUAGCCAUCCUGGUCACCUCAUUAUUUGGCCAACUUUUCAUGGAUCUCUGCGCCCCGGCGUUGCUUCAAAAGGACUAUGUACAAUCGGUAACAAUCACGCCCGGAAAUGGCUUCUACGGGAAUGGAGGGAAAAUUGAUGAGGGUUUCGAUCCAUCCCUCGGUUUCGUCUCCUUCUCCCAGCUGCGCCAGGCACCAAUCGACACCCAACGAGUACACGACGCGCCUCGGGACGGACCCAGAUACGUGUGGAGCGGGAAUUCUAUGGCCAUCGAGGAUCAGGCCGGCGAUUUUGAGCGAUACGUCGACCAAAAGUAUCAAAUCCCGCGAAUCGAAGAGCCGCCGGUGGUGGUGACCAGCGAUCGUUUCCCCACCCCCUCAUUUAUGCGCAAUCCACCCCCACCGCAGAAUUCGCCCAGUUUUCAGCGGUUC